UUUUUUUUUUUUUGUCUUGCAUUCAUCUUCUCUACUCUCUAGCUCUUAGUUUGGAACUGAGUUCUUUAAUAAUAAUAAUAAUAAUAUUGCAUGAUUUGUCUUCAUCAAACACUCAAUUCCCUGUUAUUUUUUCGAUUUCUGCACUUAAAUACUCUCUGUUCUUGAUCAUUGAGUAGUGUUUUUGUUCAUCCAAACUUCCCCAUGCACCCAAUCUCCAAUCUCUCCUCCAUCAAUUCUGAUUUCUAGUUAACUUCUCUACCUAGCUACUUUAUGGUCACAGCCACUCUCUCCAUCAGCUUAAAUACUUGUUAAAAAAAAGAAGAAAAAAAUACAUAGAGAACGUAGCCUUUAUCCCUAGCUAGCGAAGUGAUUAUUAGCUAAUCUUGAGUUGAUCAUGGCGGACUCAGACAACGACUCCGGAGGACAAAACCCCACAAGCACCAACGAGGUGUUAUUCCCAAGAGAGAUGGACCGUUUCUUGCCUGUGGCCAACGUCAGUAGGAUCAUGAAGAAGGCACUACCAGCAAACGCUAAGAUCUCCAAAGACGCCAAAGAGACAGUACAAGAAUGCGUGUCCGAGUUCAUCAGCUUCAUCACAGGAGAGGCCUCUGACAAGUGCCAGAGAGAGAAGAGAAAGACUAUCAACGGUGAUGAUCUCUUGUGGGUCAUGACAAACUGGGGCUUUGAGGAAUACGUGGAGCCGCUCAAGGUUUAUUUGCAGAGGUUUAGAGAGAUGGAGGGGGAGAAAAAUACCGCGGCGCGUGACAGAGACGCUCCUGCUAAUGGGAGUGGGCCUGGAGCGGAGGGGUUUGGUGAGUACGUGUACGGCUCUGGUGCUGGGUUUUUUAAUCAGAUGGGUGGUGGUGGGCCUGGAGAUAGCUUGGGCAGGCUAAGAUAGUGGUUGAUUUACUGAUGGGCCUAGCAAUCAUGGACUUUGAGGUUGGCUCCUGCCCAAUUGAUUAUUCACGAUGAUGAUGAAGCUGAUGAUGAUGAUCAAAGACGAUGAAUCAAUUGUUGUAAUCAUGUAUACGUGUAUGGUUCUGAUGAAUUUCAUAUAAAACAGCUGUGAAUGGUGGGCCUGAUAAAUUUGGGUGUAGGCCCCGAUAAUUUUAUUGUUGAUGAUGUAUUACAGCAAUAUCACUUAUAGCUAAUUACACUAUUUUGAUUAUGUAUUAUUGCACAGCAAUAAAUUUGGGUGUAGGCCCAGUAACUUUCCA